GAAACAUCAAACUGAGCACCUGCUGAGCACAUCUACAAUAAGACGCAAAAAGACUGCAAGACAAACUGCUGUCUACUGUCACCAUGAAAGCCACAUUUGCCAUCACUGCUCUCGUCGUCCUGGCUCUGGGCUGGACCUCUGAGGCUGUGCAAGUUGAAGAGAACGGACUGUCUUUCUCAAUGGAAGCUGUCAAGCGGCUUCAAGAGAUGUCGGAGAGUAACGGUAUGACAGGACAACAAAACCCAAGACUGAAGGCUAACACCAUGUCCCUCUGCGCUGACCCCAUGCUCCCACAGGAGUUUCUGCCACUCUGCAGGCAGAGAGGAGCAUCUGCUUCCCUUGUCAGAUUAUCUGCUGUACCCUUGGACAUCUGUGAGAUCUGCGCAUUUGCUGCCUGCACUGGUUGCUAAACAAACAAAGCAAGCCAGAAACAUCCUGCUUACUUGUGAUUAAUUUUUCAUCCCCUGCUAAAAUGUUUUAAGGAAAUUCGACUUUUAACCACAUGCAAUGAUGAACCAAUGGCUUUAUCUCUGCAUUUUUGACUC